UAAUAAAACGUAUUUUUUUACUUAUUUAAUAUAGAUAUUUCCACAAUAUUCCAUCUAUCUCCACACCUCUUAUUCUUAUUAUUGUUUUUUUCUUUUCUGUUCUCUCCUGAUCUCUCAUGGCUUCCACUACCAAAGAAAUAGCUACAGAGAUCCUCCCUUUCAUGCGGGUCUACAAAGACGGCUCCGUCGACCGCCUCCUCGAAUCGCCGCUCGUCCCUACGUCGCCCGGCGACCCCGAAACCGGGGUCUCCUCCAAGGACAUCUCAAUCUCCCUCAACCCCGCCAUUUCCGCCCGCUUGUUCCUACCACCAUUAAACCACAACAACCAAAAGCUCCCCGUCCUCGUCUACUUCCAUGGUGGCGGCUUCUGCUUCGAGUCCGCCUUUUCCUCCGAUCACCACCGCUUCCUCAACAGCCUCGUCUCCCAAGCCAAAGUCCUGGCCGUUUCCGUAGAGUACAGGCUCGCUCCUGAGUAUCCUCUUCCCGUCGCCUAUGAAGAUUGCUGGUACGCCCUCCAAUGGGUUGCUUCCCAUAAUUCAAAUCACGAUGAUCGUGAUGAUCAUGAUCAAGACAUUACCAAAGAGACGUGGCUGACAAACCAUGGAGACUUUGAAAAAGUCUUUCUAGGAGGCGACAGUGCAGGAGCUAAUAUUGUGCAUAACAUGGCCAUGAGAUUCAGCAAGGAGGAUUUGAAUAAUCGGAUCAAGAGUAUUUCUGGAGCUUUUCUUACUCAUCCAUACUUUUGGGGUUCCGAACCUUUGGUUGGAUCAUCAGAGCCUUGUGCUGAGGAGCUUGCCAAGUCCAUCCCACGUUUGGUUUGGGACUUCGUUUACCCUUGCGCCCCCGGCGGAGUAGACAACCCGAUGAUCAACCCGGUGGGGCCCGACGCGCCGAGCCUGGCGGGGCUCGGGUGCGAGCGGCUGCUGGUUAGUGUGGCGGAGAAGGAUGUGCUGAGGGAGAGGGGGAGGAGAUAUUGUGAGGCUGUUAGGGAAUGUGGGUGGAAAGGGGAAGUGGAGCUGGUUGAUGUGGAAGGAGAAAAUCAUGCUUUUCAGAUUUUGUUUGGUGAGAGUGAGAACGCCAAGAGGUUGAUCACGCGCUUGGCUGAAUUUCUCAUGAUCAACUGAAGUUUUAACUGGAUUAUCAUUCCACUUUGUAGUUUUUUAAUUAUGUUGCCAAUCGAUCUGAUGUCUAAAUACAAAUGCCAAUAUUUUGUGUUUCCCCAAUAAAAGGAAAAAUGUUUGGGGCGCUGGCAACGUUAAACACCACAAUGCUGUAGGACGCACUGUUUAGUAAUAGACAGGGACGGUGGACGGUGCUCAAAGUUAACUUCAGUGCCAAAUAGCUUUAGACUCUUUUCACUUGAUGGGUCCAUUUCAAUAUUUGGUUUUUUUGUUUUUUGUUUUUUUUUGUAAUAAAAGUCCUCGUGGUCCAUCUGCUUGUGCCCGUGAUUAGAUGUGUAUAUCAAAAGCUUUUAGCCUCGUUUUAA